AUGCGUCUCAUCAACACCAACACGCUGUCUCUAGAUGAGUUUUACGGCGACGAAGUUCCCCGAUAUGCGAUAGUCUCACAUACGUGGAGCGCCGGGGAGGUCGCCUUUCAAGACUGGGGCGACCCCAGCAUCGCGAGGGAGAAGAGGGGGUUCCAGAAAAUUGAGCUCGCCAGGGCGCAGGCUCUCCGUGAUGGGCUCGAUUAUCUGUGGAUUGACACAUGCUGUAUCAACAAGGAAAGUUCUGCCGAGCUCUCGGAGGCCAUCAACUCGAUGUUCUCUUGGUACGAGUACUCUGUAAAGUGCUAUGCCUACUUAUCGGAUAUCGAACAUUCUGGAGAGUUGGUUGAUGAAUGCAACGAGAGCGACAAAUAUCAAACGCUGUCUCGCAGUCGGUGGUUCACUCGUGGCUGGACGCUUCAGGAACUCCUGGCGCCACGAGAGGUCCUCUUCUUUUCCAAUGAAUGGAAUCUCUUAGGAAACCGAAAGUCGCUAGCGGGCGCCAUCCAAAGAAUCACAAACAUCGACUGUCAGUAUCUCCAUAGAAGGAGCAAAAAGCUCCUCUCCAGCGCCAGCGUCGCGGAGCGCAUGUCCUGGCUCUCCUGCCGCAAAACCACGCGGGUGGAGGACAUGGCCUAUUGCAUGCUCGGGAUCUUUGACAUCAACAUGCCGCUCCUCUACGGCGAAGGCGCAAAGGCCUUUACGAGGCUGCAAGAGGAGAUUCUCAAGACGUCGACGGACCAGUCACUCUUCUGCUGGUCUUGGACUGAGACAGACCCUGGCUCGUGGGUCAGUAUGCUGGCGCCUUCGCCAAGGAACUUUAGGAACGGGCAGGAGUACCAGCCCGCGAAUGACGCGACGAGUAGGCCGGUGCCGUACUCCAUGACGAAUUUUGGGCUCUCGAUACAGCUCACUCUGAUUCAUCCAACGGACAUUCGUAUCUCCAAUUUUGGAUUUCGUCCACCACAGUACAUUGGCGUAUUGGCUGCCAGCACUAAGGACGGCUAUCUCAUUGGAGUUCCGCUAGAAGAAACUGGGGUCACGGAUACAUACCGUGUUAUUCGCGACUUCCCACGUCCGAUUGCUUUGCAAUGGACCAAUCUCCGCGCUCUCAAGGCAGAGAACCUAAAAGUUGAAGUCCAUGACAUAUUUGUUCCCUCCAAGUCUCCUGGACGAAACCUCGACGUUGUCCAAGUAAAACCUUACGACUCGAGCUUUCAUCUCGGGGAGUACGCCAUCAUGCUUCUUAUCAUUAACAGCAGAGGCUCAGGGGGAGAAAUAUUCACUCGUGUUGAGGCGAUACCGAGGUAUACAGAUUCCAUGGCAGGCUUUAUUCCGAUGAAGAAGUUCAAACUGCCAAAGAACUUGGCAAACAAUACCUCGUCUUCGGCAACCUUUCGUGCGACUGAAGCGCAUGGAGCCCUAGUGCGCCUUCAUUCCAACUCUCUGAGUCAGAAAGACGGAGCUCUUUGUCUUCUCUUCGGGGUCCUGGUCAACGAAGAGAGGCAGACCAAGUGGAUAUUUAGAUAUCUUGACGUCCUCACCGAGCCAAAGAAUUCUUUUAGCGAGGCGAAUCUAGAAAGACUGCUGAGAGACGAAGCAAAAAACUGGAGACCACCAUUGAAAGUAGAGGCUAAAAACGUUUCUGCUCAAGCAAAUGACAGGAGACGGGUGACGAAGCGGGAUAGUAUCACCACCACAUUCGGGCCAGAGUUUAGGGCCGAGGUUAACGAUAGGAGGACGGUGGCCAAGGCUGCGCAUGUUAUUGUUUCCAAUUUUUCGACGGCACUGAGGACGGUAGAGUCAUUGUAG